AUGUUUCCGAUACUAAUCUUCCUGUCGACACUAUUCAUCAUGUCAGCAUCUACCUUGAAGUGUUAUGAAGGAUCCCGAGGAAUGGUGAACGGAGAGGAUUCUUCAAAUUUCGUCCAAAAUCUGUGUGACGACAAUAUGACGUACUGUUUCGAAUCGUAUAAUUCGAAUCUGACAGAAGUGACAGCAAGUUGUCAGAAUAUGGGAACGGAUCAGAAGUUGUUGGAAGUUUGUAAGAUGGACGGAAAAUGCAAAGAACGCACCGACAUCGACGUAACCGUCUGCUGCUGCACAUCAGAUCUCUGUAACCUGCAAGAUGAUCUUAAACCAACUCCACUUAUUCCAGAAAUCGAUGGAUCAUCGGAAAGUGAACAGAACAAUUCAACGGAGAUCUCAACAACAGAAAUACCCAAUAAAUCUGUGGAAUUAAAUGAGACAUUGGGUCUGGAAUUAGAGUUGAAUGGGACUAGAGGGGGAUUGUAG